AUGACCAAAUCUUUUGUCUUUAUCACUGGUGCAUCCGGUUUCAUCGGCGCCCAUGUUGUAGCCGUAACUCUGAAAGCCGGAUACCGCGUCCGACUAAGCAUCCGCAAGCCCGAGCAAGAAGCCGUCAUCAGAAAGCGGUACGCUGAAUUCAAUAGCGACAUUGAGAUCGUUGUUGUUCCAGAUCUAGCAAAUGUCGAUGCUCUGAAAUCCGCACUGAAUGGCGUCGACUAUGUCUUCCACAUUGCCUCUCCAAUGCCAGGAAGUGGUAUCGAUUUGCAACGCGACUACAUCACCCCAGCUGUCCAGGCAACUCUUUCGAUGCUCAAUGCUGCAUUGGCACAUGAGCAAAUCCAGAAAGUUGUCAUUGUCUCCUCUGUGCUCGCAUUGACACCCGUGGAUGCAUUGAUCGCAAAGAGUGUCGUCGCGAAAGAGAACACCGGUGAAGUCAUACCUGUCGAUGUCAGUAUGACCUUCCCCGAAGGCUUUGGAGGCCACGGUCUAAUGUAUGCCGCGUCCAAGAUCAAAGCUCACCAAGCUACCCGAGACUAUCUCAAGGAGAUAAAUCCCCACUACAAAGUCCUCACUUUGCACCCUGUCUUCGUCCUCGGUGACGAUAUGGUCCAGGAGACUGCAGACGGUGUUGCGGGCAUGAACAAGUUCUUCUACAACUCUUUCCUCAGCCAACAGCCUCUCAUCGGAAAUGCGUGGGUUCAUGUUCGGGAUGUGGCUGAUGCGCAUGUGAGAGCUUUGGAGACUGAUGCCGAAAGUGGCAAGGAAUUCAUUCUUUCGCAUCCUGCUUCGUCUUGGGCAGAUGCGGCGAAGUAUUUUAGGGAGAAGUAUCCCGCAUUAGGAUCUAAGCUGCAGCCUCCAUUUGAUGACAAUUGGGACGUUGAGAAUACUGCUGCUGAACAGAUUCUUGGACUGAAGUGGCGCUCGGUUGAGAAGAUUGUUAGUGAUGUUGUUGAUCAGCAGCUGUCCUACCAGUAG